AUGAGGGUGAAGGGUCUCAGAAGUAUCUCACUGGGUCCUCUGACUCCCACACAACGUGGCGCAAGGUGCCUGAGCUCUAUUGUUCCGAGUCAAGAAAGAUCAAAUGGAUUCCAGAAAAUCGAUGAUCCUUUGGUUGGAUCGAAUCACUUCAACUCCGAAGAAAACACUAAUGUAAUACCACCCCUCAGCUAUAGGGAAAUUCUCAGUGGGAUAGAGAAAAGGAGCGCUAGUUAUUACAAAGUACAAGCAGGUAGAUAUGCCCCAAGCAAGAACAUAAUUCGCGAGUUUGGGCAGGUCUCAUACAAUGAUUUUACUAGCCCACCUGCUAUUGGAGAUCUGGUCCUGUCCAAAUACUCGGGCCCAAUCGUUUUAUUGCAAAGACCGAAAGAUAAAGUCAAGGAUAGUAAUGUGGAAAUUUCACACUUAGCUUCCUAUGAAAAGGAUUUUCUAGCGUGUACUGCAUCGGGGCUAAUAAUAGGUGUGAACAAAUCAGAAAUCAUAUUCAACAUGGGGCAGUUAACGGCGAGUACAGUGCUAAAUACAUGUAUACAACAUGUGGAAUCUGACGGGACUACUGUAUUGUGCUUGGAUAAUGUCAUGAAACGGGCUGUUUGUCCCGUCCUCAGGAAGCUAGUUACAGAUAAAUACGCAAACUGGGACGAGCUCCUUCCUGUAGUCGAACAGCUUGUCAAUGGUAUUAGUCGGAGCAGUAGAGUAUCAGCAGUAAAUGUUCCCUUUUUUCAAUUGGCACAAGAAGUAGACAGAUGUGUUAAACUGCAGAACAACUCGACACAACCGAUAUCGGCCGUAAUACUGCAAAUAAUAUCUAACCUGGUUGGACAAUUUCCUCCUGAACAGGGCUCAUUGAACUCAUCAACAGUAUCUGCUAACUUGCUCUAUUCUCUGUACGAGGCGGUGCAAAUGGUUUUUGACAGACGAUUAAUCAUAAAUUCGAAAGAUGCUAUCUUAACAGUUUUACCGAAAGUAGAGGUUGAAAAUUUCGAUAACGCCUUGUCAGAGGCUAAAAAGAAACCUAGGAAAGUGCUGAAGGAAUUGGAAGGUGACCUAAAGAAAUCGUCAACAGAUAAUCCUAAUCCUCUGAUAAGACGAUAUGCCUUGGGUGAUAUAAACCCCCAUGACGUGUAUGCUCAAUCGGCUGCUAUGUCUUUGUUGAGAAAACUUCCACCAGCUAUACUGAAUAACGAGGAAGUCUCACCAACAAGUGCAUUAAUUAUACAAGACCAACUUGGGCUUAUGAACAAAGAACAGGGACCAUUUUUUGGUUCUCAUGUAUAUGACUUUUUACGUGAGUCUACGAGCGUCGUCAGUCCUGUCUCCUUUGGCCCGCUUGAGUACGACAGAAUGGAUAAAAUCCGUGAAGACUUGGGAACGACAAUUCCAGUGUAUUGCAUUGAUGCUGCUGGAAGCCACGAAAUCGAUGAUGGCAUUUCUAUUACUAAUUUAUUAGGAUCACAAGUUCUCGUAGGACUGCAUAUUGCGGACCCAACCUCCAGUUUCAAAGAUCUCGGGGACGAUUUACUUAAAUCUGCAUAUAAACAAAGCUCAACUGCAUACUUUCCCAAGGGACCAAUUACCAUGUUCCCGACUGAAUUCACACAAAAGUUCUCAUUGGAAAACGGAUUAGGAUCUAGAAGAUGUCUCACCAUAUCAUUUAUUUAUGAUGAAGUCGAUAGGAAAGUUGUUGAAGGUUCUCUAGAUAUUCGACCUCAGUCAAUCAACAAGGUAGUAAACAUUACCUACGAUGAAGUGAACAGCAUUCUAGACAAACAAGACGACUUGGGGGAAGCCGCCCAGGAUUUAAAGAGGCUGCAUAGGAUUUCCAACACUUUGUUAAAAAAGAGAGUGGAAAAUGGGGCAAUAAACCUAAGUAUAAAUUCUGCAGCGGUGAGGAUAGACACUGAAAUGGACAGGGAGAUCGAAGCUGAUAAUGAAGUUGAGGAUCUGGCCGACGUAAAGGUGUCUAUAGAUAUCUCAACAUCACCUUCUCAUAUUUUGGUAUCUGAACUGAUGAUUGCCGCAAAUAGCCAAGUAGCUGCAUUUACUAGAAAGGCCUCUAUUCCUAACAUAUACCGGAGGCAAGAAGUUGUGUUCCCCCCUGGCACUCAAAGACCGGAUAUUUCUAAAGGGUUUUCGGAGGAAAAUAGCUUCAAAAUUUUGGAGGCUAUGAGACCGUCAACUUUAUCUGUGAAUCCUGGAUUGCAUCAAUCACUGGGAGUUUCUGAAUACUGUGGAGCAACAUCUCCUUUACGUCGUUUUCAAGAUAUCAUAACCCACUGGCAAGUAUAUUCGCACCUACUAGGCGAUAACGGUAGACAGCAAAUGUUGUCCCUAGUGCAAUUAGAUACGAUCUCAUUAAAAUUACAAGCUAUGCAAACACUUAUUAAAACGGCUCAAAGGGACUCAUUGAAUUUUUGGGUUUUGAAGAAGAUUGAGAAAGGGCAUCUGGGUGGCCCAAAGAAACAGUUGCGUUGCACCGUCGCUUCCAGACCCUUACUAGGAUCCUCGCACCAACGUGUAUCUUUAUCAGAUUGGGGAAUUUACGGAAUAAUAGAGGUGGAGAAGCCUCUCAUACUGGGAGAAAAGAUCUUGUGCGAAAUUCGCACCGUCAACCCGAUUUCCAGAACUCUUUUGCUGCAAUAUGCACAUGAACCUUUCGAUCUGCUUUUCCCUGAGUAA